AUGUUUCUGUUGAAGGUGAUUUUCGUCGUUAUUUCAAUAAUACGUUUAAAAGUUGAAAGUAUCCAGCCAUGCAAAACAGACGAUCAGACGUGCAUCAACAAUUCGGCGAACGCAGCAUAUGCACAGAUCAUAGAUGGUGUACAAUCAGCAGGGAUCGAACGCAUAGACCCUAUGGUUAUUGACACUAUUGAUGGAGACCUGUCCGGUUUGAAGUUCAAGCUUACAGGUACUAUCGUGCAGGGAUUCAAAGAGUGCGUCUUAAAACAUGUGAAGUUGGACUUGGACAACAUGAGUUUGACAAUCGACAUGACGUGCCCUUGGAUGUCGAUGACAGGACAUUAUGAGAUGAGUGGACGUCUCAUUGUGCUAGAAAUCAGAGGUGAAGGGGACUACAGCAUCAAAAGUGGGAGAUACAACAUAGGUCUGGAAUGUCAACUCAAGAAAGUUAAAGGUAAAGACGGCAAGGAGCAUCUGAACAUCAAAACCUUCAAACCUACAUUGACGGCCGAAGAACCAGUUGCAUUCGACUUCAAAAACUUGUUCAACGGUCAGAAGGAACUAGCGGAUGCCGUUCUGAUGUUUGCGAAUGAGAAUUGGAAGGAGGUCGCCGAUCUCCUGCAAGGCCCUGUAUUCAACGCAGACUUCAAGAAAAUCAUCAGCAACACUAAUAAGUACCUGAAAACCGUUACUUUCGAAGAUUUAUUUAUACAGUGA